AUGUCCCAGCUGGAACCAGGGGAAGAGCCGUGGGUCUCAGAUCUCCAGGGCUCAGAGGGAAGAGAGAUCCUGACAGGAACCUGCCCAGGUGGUGGGACAGUGAGUGAGAACAAGGAGCAGAAUCUAAAGCAGGAGGAUGCUGAGCACGUGGAAAUGAAUGGGGGAUUAUCAGAAAGAACUCAAGGGAACGUGCCCAGGAGUCGUGAGGAAAGGCAGCAGGGAAACCAGGCAGGGGAAAACGUGGGUAAAUCCAUCAGUUGUGAGGAAAAUCACGAGGACCUCAAGGAAACCACAGCUCAGCAGAAAAUCCUCACGGGAAAGAGAAAAAACCUAUGCACUGAGUGUGGGAAAACCUUUCCUGGGCGCUCUCACCUUAUUAUGCAUCAGAAAAUUCACACAGGAGAAAGACCCUAUGCAUGCUGUGAGUGCGGGAAAACCUUCAUUCGAAGCUCACAUCUUAUCAGACAUAAGAAAAUCCACACCGGAGAGAGACCAUAUGAAUGCGGGGAGUGCGGGAAAACCUUCUCUGUGCGUUCACACCUCAUUAUACAUCAGAGGAUCCACACAGGAGAGAGACCCUACGCAUGCUGUGAGUGCGGGAAAACCUUCACGCGAGGCUCCCACCUUAUCAGACAUCAGAGAACCCACACCGGCACCAGGCCCUAUGAAAUCUGGUUUCCACUUUCCAAACCUGAGGUGAUGUCCCAGCUGGAACCAGGGGAAGAGCCGUGGGUCUCAGAUCUCCAGGGCUCGGAGGGAAGAGAGAUCCUGAUAGGAACCUGCCCAGGAGAUGAAGGGACGGUGAGUGAGAAGAAGGAGCAGAACGCAGAGCAGGAAGAUGCUGAGCACGUGGAAAUGAAUGGGGGAUUAUCACAAAGCACUGAAGGGGACGUGUCCAGGAGUUGUGAAGACGGGCAGCAGGGAAAUCAACCAGGGGAGGAAAUAGGUCAGUCCAUCAGUUGUGAGGAAAAUCACCAGGAAACCACGGCCCAGAAGCGAAUCCUCAUGGGAGAGAGAGAAAACAUGUGCCCCGACUGUGGGAAAACCUUCCCUUGGCGCUCCCACAUUAUUGAACAUCAGAGAAUUCACACGGGAGAGAGACCCUACGCAUGCUGCGAGUGCGGGAAAACCUUCAUUCGACACUCACAUCUUCUUAGACAUCGGAGAAGCCACACAGGAGAGAGACCCUAUGGAUGCUGCGAGUGCGGGAAAACCUUCACUCGACGCUCACACCUUAUUGAACAUCAGAUAACCCACGGAGGCUCAAGCCCCUAUGAAUGUUGUGAGUGCGGGAAAACCUUCACUCGACGCUCACACCUUAUUAGACAUCAGAUAACCCACGGAGGCUCAAGCCCCUAUGGAUGCUGUGAGUGCGGGAAAGCCUUCACUCGACGCUCACACCUUAUUAGACAUCAGAGAACCCAUGCUUGCCAGGAGCCCUAG